ACGGUUAAGCUAACAAGCAAGCUAACCAGAUUCUACCUUUACCUUACACACUCAAUGCAUUCUGCUGUAAAGGCGAUAAGAAAAUGAAAUACCGUUGGAGCGAAAAUGUUGAAAGUCAGUUUAUAACAUAGGACAUAUUACAAGGUACAGUUUGUUCUUCAUAGUUUUGAGAAUGAACUAACAGAAUUCGUUAACAAAAGAUGGAUGGGAUCGGCAGUAAAAUGACCCCCGAGGAACGAUAUUUUCGGUCUCUAUAUCUUAUGUACCAGGUGUGCACUGAGGUUGUUAGACAUUACUUUGAUGAUAAACAUCCCCCAGAUCAUUUAGUUCAAUACCUACUUGACAAGCGACUAGAGUUUGAGAAAGCAGAUAGGAAAAUACCAAAUUACCAGUGGAUUCAACUUUAUCCUGAAGCUUUGUUUCGGGCAGAUGUCAAUAUCACAGAAAAGUACAUAGAACCAUGUUAUAAAACAGAUUAUAAAGAAUUUGCUAAUCGUAUGAAAACAAUUUUUACAUAUAUUUUUGAUACUGUUGAUGGUGAGCAGGAAGUGAAAUUAGCUAAAACUUCAAGUUCUGGGCCUGGUGAAGUAUUGACUUCAUUCGAAAUCUCUUCACUUUAUAAUCCUGAUGGAAGUAAAAUCAAGGAAGCACUAGAACAACUAGUAAAUGGUGGAAAUGUGGAUGCAAGUCUGGAAAUCAGCGACAGCCCUGAUGGAUUUUCAUUGGAUAAGCAAGGAGAUAAACAUGAUAAAUAUACAAUGGUUAUAAACCUUACCAAAAAAUAUGAUGCAGCUUUAGGUCAGAAAGACAGCCAAGAAUUUAAAAUGAUGGCAAAAGGAAUAGAAAGAAUCUUGCAUUUUUUGUAUGAUUCUGUUCCAGGUACACAGUUAUGUCAAGUGGAAGAGUUUAGAUCUUUACCAUCUACAAACUGUAUCUCUGCAAAAUGCAACUUAACAUCAGUGGAUCUCAAAAACGAAAAGAAGUUGAAAGACACUAUUAAAAAGCAAAUUUCAGAGGGAAGACUAGGAAAGACCUUGACAACAACUUGUUCUCCAACUGGAUUUUCUUUCAAAGACGUCAUUGUUUUUGAAUCAGAAAUUAAAGUGGAUAAACAAUUUUCAAAAAAUCUAACAAACGGCGAUCAUCCCGAUUAUAAAGUAUUUGUAGACAGAGUGCAGCCCAUAAUUAAAGGACUGUAUGACAGUUCAAUUGGUGAACAGGAUGUGGAAAUUGUCAGAUGUCGAGAUGAAAAACCAGAUACAAUGUUUGUUGUGUUUCAUUUGAUUUCUCAUGGAAAUAAUGAUGAAGAAGAAUUAAGAAAGGUUGUAAGAAGGGAGAUUAGAACUGGAUUACUAUCUUUGAAUCAUGAAAUCACAGCUGAUGGAUUUAAAUUUGAAUCAAACAAAUGUAUGUUCAAUGUUAAAGUGAAACUAGCAGAAAAAUACCCUGGUUAUAAAUACUUAGCUAAUCCUACCAGUGAUGCUUUUAAAUCUUUCAAAGAGAAGGUUCAACAAGAGAUCCUUAGAUUAUAUGAUCCAGUAUGUGGUGUUCAGGAAAUUGACAUUUACAAAUAUAAGAUUGAGUCUUCUGGAGCAGACCAUUUCCUUAUCUUCAAGUUAAUAUCCAGAGAUUGUUCUGAUGAAAAUUCAUUAAAAGAACCUAUUGAAACCCAAAUUCAGACUGGUCUGUUGGGUUCCAGUCUUAAAGUUUGUACAAGUGAUCUGGUAUUUCAAAAACUCGCAGAAAAAGUUGUUUACCAAGUCUCCUUGAAUGUGAAAAGACAAUUUACAGAAGAAUUAAAGAAGAAGCACAGUGCAGAGUUCAUGGCCUUUUCCAAGUUUGUCCAGACAGUCCUGAAUACACACUAUGAACAUGAUGAAAAAGUUCCUGGAAAGCAAGAAGUUAAUGUGGUUGAAUGUCAACAAGGACCAUCUGUGAACUCAACAGAUGUAAUACUAGAGAUCAUUUCUCAUGGUUGUACAGAUGAAGUGGUGGUACGUCAGCCUUUCAAAGAUCUCAUAGCAGUUGGGAAACUGGAGUUGACAUUGAAAACAAGUGCUACAGAUUUUACCUUUAAAACUGUGAGAGGUUCAAAACCAGUAUCAUCCGAAUGGUUUGACCUAUCUUUACUAAUAACACUUUUACGAAAGGAUUCAAAAGUAAUACCACCAAAAAAUGGAUAUGACGUUUUACCACCAAAGGACGACGAUAGUCAUGGUGCCCAGAUAGCAACCAUCAAGCAUUACAGAAAUGAAUUAGCACAUGCCAGCGAUGCAAAAAUGGAUGAGCAUAAGUUUGAUAGUUUACAGAGCAACUUAAAAAAUGCUGUCAGGAUCCUUGGAAAAGAUGAUAAAUUUAUGAAGGCAGUGUAUGACGCUUCAACAAUGAAACUUGACAGUUCCACUGAAGAAGUUUUAAUCAGAAUGGUACAACAUGACAGACAAGUUUUACAACUUGAGGAAGAUGUUACAGAGCUUUACCAGAAAAUUGAAAAGCUUACGAAACAAACAGAAGAGCAAUCUGCCAGUACACAAGUGGAAAUAAGUGAGAUUAAAGAGGAAAUUUGGAAAAAAGAAGAACAGAUACUUGAGAACAAGGCUAUUAUUCAAAAUUUGUAUACUGAAUUACAUAGAAUUGAGAAAAAAUUUGACGAAAAGUUUAGAGUCCAGGAUGAGAGAAAUGUUCAACAAGAUGAAAAGAAUAAAGAUAUGGGGAGUGGUAUAGAAGAAAAUAGAAGAAGAAUACAAGAAAAUAGGAGAGAUAUACAAAGAAUAGAUACAAAGAAUGAAGAUAGAAGAAUUUUGAUAGAUCAGACAAAAGCAAUGAUACAGAAUGAAGCCAAUGUGUAUGUAAUGACAAGAGCAGUGGCCAAAUGUACGGAAGUUCUUGAUCAAAACCAAAUACUAGUACUUGCAGCUGAUGGUGGAAGAGGGAAGACUGCCUUGAGCUUGUAUUUAGCAAAACUCUUCCUUGAGGAUAACAACAGCAGCUAUAAACCUUUGUUAUUUGUAGAGAAAGAAAUUGUCUUAAAAAGAGAACUGAUAGAUUUUAAAGAAAAUUAUGUCAUAAUUAUUGAAGAUUUAUUUGGAAGGUCUAACGUGAAAUUUGAUGAUGAGACACACAAGAAUAUUUUAGAUAUAUUAAACAGUAAUAUGAAAGGUGAACAGUGCAAUUGCAAGUUGAUACUUACUGUCAGGAAAACACCUGGAAGUCAUUUUGAUCUAUUUGAUAAACAUGAAAUUUUCAAGGAAGCAAGAAUCAUUAAUUUAGAUGAUGAGAACUUCGCCUUGACUCGAGAUGAAAAAGAGAACAUUUUAAUCAAUCAUUUAAAACAGUUCAGUGUUUCAACUUGCAAUUGCAGAUAUAGGAACUGGCUUUAUAGUGAUACAUGUUAUGAGCUUUGUAUGGAAAUGCCAGGGAAUACUUUAGAACUCUGUUACAAAGUUGUUGAAGAUAUUCUUAAUGUUGACACCUACUAUGGAUUUCCUCAGGCAUGUCGCCUUUUUUCUAGCAAUCCUUCUUUUACCAAAAUGGGUGUCAAAUACUUUCAAAAUCCUAACAAGGCUUUGGUUGAAGAAAUAGAAUCUUUGCAUACUGGUGCAUUUGAGAACAGUGUAAUUGAACAGUAUCAGUUCUGUAUUUUAGUGUACUUAGCUGUUGAGGAUGAAAUAGAUUUAUCUACUGUAGAUAAAAUAUUUUUUAGGCACCUAUUGGAUAAGUUUGGUAAUUCAAAUUACAAUCCUAAUGUCUUGAAAAGAUCUGUAAAAGGAAUUUCAGAUAAAUAUCUAGUUGGUGAUUUCACAAGAGGACCUUGCAGAUUACAGCAUGCUACAAUUCGGGAAGCAAUACUAAUUUCCUAUGGUAAAGAUUAUCCUGAUGAGAUCCUUUCUCAUUGUAGUUUUGAUUUUUUCUCUGAAUAUUUUAGACCCCAGGACUUUAAAGGGAUAUACAUAUGCAUUGAAGAUAAAAAGAUAAUAAAUUACUUGAUGCCCAAAGUACCAUUUGUUGACAUCAAUAUUAUUAAACAAUACAUUGAAAAGGUCUCACUGAAUCUAUGCACAAAAACUUCAGAUCAGGUUUUGUCAUUUUUUAAAAACAGUACAAAACUCUUAGAUGAUGGCAAAUAUUCCGGCAUUUUAAAUGCUUUAAUGGGACAAAGUGUUCCUGACCAGUUUGAACCAUAUAAUGGCCAAAUUCUUAAAGAACUUCUAAAAAUGGAAGAUGUAGAUAUAAUUACAAAAUUUAUAAGACCAAAUGGUUGUUUAAUACAAGAAAAAAAUGCUGUCAAUGUUGACAAUGAAAUUUUGGCAGGAAGGCUCUUAAAUAUACUAGUUGGCAUAAGCUAUUGCUCUACGUUUUCUCCUAAUGAUAGUUAUAAUGAUUUUGCAAAUACAUGUGAUGAACAAUACAUAUUUGAUGAGACAUCAGGCACAGUAGAUAAGGCCAAGCAAAAUGCAAUAGGAAGAUAUCUUUAUAGAGUUGGGCUUCAAUCUGAUGGGAAAAUAUUUGUGGAAAAGUUUCUAUCCAUGGUGGAAAAACAUAUAAGGAAUAUUAAUCCCAACAUUUUAGGGUACAUGAUUGAUGGCUUAACUGAAAGAGGGCAGCGGAAAGAGAUAGUAUCACAAUACAAGAUUUUUUGUGAGAAAAACUUGUUUAGAUAUGGCAGCAUUGAUGUUGUUUUGAAUCUUUGUUGUCCUUCAAGUUAUGAAGGUAGUAGUAAUUCAUUUGUGAAGGUUGACAAUAGAUUACUUGCUGAAAAGCUGUUAUCCUGUUUAACAGUACAAAGGCAAGUACAAAGGCCAGAAAUGAAUGUAGAUUUUUCAGGUGAUUAUGGUUCAGAUUCUGAUGACUAUGAUUAUGAUGACUAUCAAGAUGAUGACAAUGAGUCUGAGGAUUACGACUCUGACUUUUGUGAUCCACUUGUUGAAGAGGUUGGAGAAUAUGUCUAUAAAUUUGGUAUCGAGGAAAAUGAUGAAAUAUUUAUAACUGCAAUAGCUUCUGAGCUUUCUGUCCUCUUCGACAAAAGAGACAGUGAAGAAAUUUUGCCUUGGGAACACCAGACAGGUAGAUAUCUUGAUCGUAACCUUUAUAAACAUUUUUUUUAUAAAGGAUUAAAUUGUAAAGAAAAUAGGGAAAACAUUGAACAAUUUCCUAAUUUGGAUGCAUUUCUAGAAGACCUCAAUUUAUAGUUUCAAUUACAAAAUAAUAUGUCAUAUUAAUGAUUAUAUUUACCUAUGUUGAGAUGGUCCAUAUAUGACAGUUCACCUAUAUAAUGUAUACAUGGCAUGGGAAAUUAUAUCAUGUAUUGUGAAUUAAUUGUCACCUUAUUACAUUACCGGGUAUGUAUUGUUAUCUGCUAUCUGUCGUUUUGUCACAUUGUAUAUACUUGUCUAUGUAUUGCCAUAGCAUGUUAUUUAUGCUUUCACAAAUAAAAUAUUCAUUCAUUCAUUCAUUUGUAAAUACAGGUCUCUGAACUAUGAAAUUAAGAAAUGUGUUAAUAGCAAAACUGUACAGCUCAACUUGGUGUAUAGAAAGUUCCACUAGCAGUUUGUAUUCAAUUUACAUUAAGAUAUGUUCAUAAUGUAACUAUUUUGUGUUAAUUCAGUCUAUAUAACAAUGAAAUAAUCAUCAGGCAUGCCUUUGUUAUUUUGUUUGACUGAAAAAAAUAAAUUGAUGAAAUUUUUAAAUAAAAUGAUUUUUAUUUUUAGAAAAACUGUAUUAAU